AUGCCCGUCUCCCCAUUAGUGUCUCCUGCCCCUCCCCCCCCCAUUACUCAGCAACCUCUCCUCUUUGCAGUCGUCCUCAAUCCACCCCAUGCAGUUUUUGAAUGGAAUGAAGCCAAAGAGAGCAGCAGAGAGGGUGUACACAGAAGAAGUCCCCCACCUUGGGGCUCCCACCCCCUGAAGGACCACAGUCUGGCCCAAGCAGAGACCCUGCAGCCAGAUGGCCCCUUUGACACAGAGCUCCCCUUCCCAGAAGCGGAGACUAAUUUUGAAGUGAAGGAUAUGUCUACGAAGUUGAGCCUUUUUGUGGAAGGAUCUGGCCCUCCAAGAGGCAUGAAUAAGGGUCCCUGUGGCUUCAUUUUGAGAGAAAUCUGUGAUGCUAAUAUCAAGGUGAAUAAAAAGCCAAAGAGUGACUGUGAAUUUGGUGAAACUGCAGAGAAAUUCAGCCAAUAUUCAGUCUUCAAUCAGUAUACAAAAUUGACGUCAAGAAAUGACAGUGGUGAGAACAGUGAAUACACACAAAGCUUUCCUGAAAAAGUAGGAUUUAAUCAGUCACAUGAGAAACCUCUUGAAAAGCCCAUGUAUCGAGGUAACCUAAGGAGAAUUGCCUAUGGCUCGAGUUUAGACCUCAUAAGACAUAGAAAGUGUAAACGUGUAGAGAUGCUGUCUGUGAAUAAUGAAGGGGUGAGACCUUUUGGUCAUAACUCUGAGCUUGGUCCAUAUCAAACAAUCCACACUGGAAGGAAACCUUAUGACUGUACACAAUGUGGAAAGGCUUUCACAAGGAGGAGCCAUCUUGCUCAGAAUCAGAGAUUACACACUGUAGAGAAACCUUUUGAAUGUAAACAAUGUGGAAAGGCUUUCACAUGGAGGGAAGAUAUUGCUAUGCAUCAGAAAAUCCACAUUGGAAGGAAUCAUUAUGAAUGUAAACAGUGUGGCAAGGCUUUCAAAUGGAGGAGUCAUCUUGCUACACAUCAGAGAAUCCACACUGGAGAGAAACCUUAUGAAUGUAAACAGUGUGGAAAAGCUUUCACAAGUAGGCGCUCUCUUGCUGAGCAUCAGAGAAGGCACACUGGAGAGAAACCUUAUGAAUGUAAACAAUGUGGAAAGGCUUUCAGAAGGAGGAGCUAUCUUGCUGAGCAUCAGAGAAUGCACACUGGAGAGAAACCUUUUGAAUGUAAACAAUGUGGAAAGGCUUUCAAAUGGAGGAGUCACCUUGCUGCACAUCAGAGAAUCCACACUGGAGAGACACCUUAUGAAUGUAAACAGUGUGGAAAAGCUCUCACAAGUAGGCACUCUCUUGCUGAGCAUCAGAGAAGGCACACAGGAGAGAAACCUUAUGAAUGCAAACAAUGUGGAAAGGGUUUUAGAAGUAGGAGCUAUCUUGCUGAGCAUCAGAGAAUGCACACUGGAGAGAAACCUUAUGAAUGUAAAGAAUGUGGAAAGGAUUUCAGAAGUAGGAGCUAUCUUGCUAUGCAUCAGACAAUCCACACUGGAGAGAAACCUUAUGAAUGUAAACAAUGUGGAAAAGCUUUCCGAUGGAGGAGCUAUCUUACUGAGCAUCAGAGAAUGCACACUGGGGAGAAACCUUAUGAAUGUACAAAAUGUGGAAAGGCAUUCAAAAGGAGGAGUCAUCUUGCUGGACAUCAGAGAAUCCAUACUGGGGAGAAACCUUAUGAAUGUAAAGAACGUGGAAAGGGUUUCACAGGGACGGGCCAUUUUGCUAUGCACCAGAGAAUCCACACUGGAGAGAAACCUGAUAAAGGUAACAAUGUGGAAAAAGCUUUUGCAUGA